GGCCACGACGACAGCACACUGCGUGCCGCGCCCAGGUUGUAUAUCGUUACUCCUUACUCUCCCUCCUACCCCUCUCGUCUGCCAGGCAAGCGCGACUGCUAUCCAUUCAUAUCUGUGUCGCGUCGUUCCCGUGCUGCCGUGUUGCCGCAUGUAGCGCCGUCCCGCGUCAUAGCACUAGCGAGCGUCCAUCAGCCCUACCGUACGGUCCCCUCUUCGCCCACCAGAGCGCGUCCCUGGUUGACGCCCUCCUUCCACGCUCGGUUCGUUCUUGUGUCACAGGGAGCCGUUGUCUGCACGAACUUUGGUUCACGUGGACCCUGCAUCGCUCACAACUAUAUCAACCACGAACGCUCCCAGCCUGCUCGCACCUAACCCACCUCCGUAUCCACACCACACCAGACGAAACCACCGAAGCGCAACCACGACUACCAACCUCCGAGCACCUCAACAUGGCGCGUGCUCGCAGACAGAACCGCGCCGAAAGCCGGUCCCGCUCCGACACAUCCGCAUCCACCUCGCCAGAGCGCGGCUACGACGAUGACAAAGACUCUAUCAUGCUGCAGUCGAACGACUCGCUGUCCUCUCUGGCGCCCUCGCUCUCCCCCGACUCCGACGACGAGGCCCGCCAGCGCGCUAUCGACGAGCAGAACCGCAUCUCUCCCAUCUCGCGGCUGCCCGCUGAGCUCAUGAUCGCCGUGUUCGCAAAGCUGGCCUCUCCCGCCGAUCUGAGGAACUGCAUGGGCGUCUCGAAACUCUGGGCGAGAAACGCUGUCGGACUGCUGUGGCACCGGCCGUCGACGAACAAAUGGCCAGGCGUCAAGAGCGUCAUCAAGACAAUCAGGACCGCAGAUAGCUUUUUCGACUACUCCAGUCUGAUCAAACGCCUCAAUCUGUCAGCGCUUGGGGGCGAAGUCAGUGACGGGGCGCUGAUGGCACUACGCUCCUGCAAGCGGAUAGAGCGAUUGACCCUCACAAACUGUACCAAGCUAUCGGAUUUGAGUCUCGUGGCUAUGCUAGAGAACAAUCGGAGCCUGUUAGCGCUGGACGUGACAGGCAUGGAGGCUAUCACUGACCAGACCAUGUACGCGCUGGCGAACAACGCAGUCCGGCUGCAGGGGCUGAAUAUCACAAACUGCAAGAAGGUCACGGAUCAAUCGCUGGAAGAGGUGGCAAAGAGCUGCAAGCACAUCAAAAGACUCAAACUUAACGGAUGCUCACAGCUGAGUGACAAGUGCAUCAUGGCAUUUGCGCUGCACUGCCGCUACAUCCUCGAGAUCGACCUCCACGACUGCAAGAACCUCGAAGACGACUCGAUCACGACUCUGAUAACGGAAGGCCCGCAUCUGCGCGAGCUCCGACUGGCGCAUUGUUGGAAGAUCACCGACCAGGCGUUCCUUCGCCUUCCCGCUGAUGCGAGCUAUGAAAGCCUGCGGAUUCUCGAUCUGACAGACUGCGGCGAGCUGCAGGACUACGGCGUGCAGAGGAUCGUGACUGCAGCGCCGAGGCUGCGCAACCUGGUCCUCGCCAAAUGCCGCCACAUCACGGACAGAGCGGUCAUGGCCAUCACGCGCCUGGGCAAGAACCUGCAUUACAUCCACCUCGGCCACUGCUCGCGCAUCACCGACACAGGUGUCGCGCAGCUGGUCAAGCUGUGCAAUCGUAUACGAUACAUUGACCUGGCGUGCUGCACGAACCUGACCGACGCGUCCAUCACACAGCUGGCCUCGCUCCCGAAGCUCAAGCGGAUAGGGCUGGUGAAGUGCGCAGCGAUCACCGAUCGUAGUAUACUGGCCCUGGCGAAACCCAAGCAGAUGGGCUCGAGCGGGCCGAUCCAAGCCAGCGUGCUCGAACGGGUGCACCUGAGCUACUGCACAAACCUCACACUCCAGGGCAUCCACGCGCUGCUGAACAACUGCCCGCGGCUCACGCACCUGAGUCUGACAGGCGUGCAAGCCUUCCUGCGCGACGACCUGCUCGUGUACUGCCGCGAAGCCCCGCCCGAGUUCAACGAGCACCAGCGCGACGUGUUCUGCGUCUUCAGCGGCGUCGGCGUCCAGCGCCUCCGCCAGUUCCUCAACACGGACCACGACCACCAGAACCGCCGCUCGUUCUCGGACAACGAGGGCACCAUGUACGAGGACGGCGAGGAGCCGGACUCGAUUCUCAAUGUCACGGCGCAGGCGAACGGCAUGGCGAUUGACGAGGACGAGGACUUUGGCGACAGCGAGAUGCUGGGGCAGGAUUAGCGGGGGGAGUGGUAGAGCUUCCCGGCGUGGUUGUUCCUGGUCCCUCUGAUCCGCGGGCUUUUGGUCCCUCGCUUUCGUACACUCUGCAUACCCGGCGUUUUUCCUUUUUUGCGGCUCUCGCUGUCCCCAGCCUUGGCCUUGGCGGCUCGCUGGGCGGUCACGAUAAAUACCCUUUUGUAUGUCUUCUUUUCUGUUUCACCUCGUGCGGCACCAGGGGGUCUUUGUUGGCUCUGCUGCGGGGGUUUUCGUAGAUUGUUGAAUCGCAUCAUGUCGUGUGAGGCUUUGUUGGAUGGAGUUGACUUGACUUGACUUGCCUGACUUGACUUGACUUGCCUGACUUGACUUGACUUGCCUGGCUUGACUUGAC